GGGGGACCCGACCCCAUUUCAGUCACGGACCGUGGGAGUUAUUAUGGCGCCCGGAACUUAUUUCACAAAUUCGCGUCGCUGUUUCUGCCCGGACUUGUACGUGUGUUGACGUCACUUCCGGCGCGACGCCGUCUCCGCAGCGACCAUGGCGCUGAACGGCGGCACGGACGAGGUCGAAGCACGGCGGGAGCGGCUGGACCGGGCGAGCCGGGCCAUGGGGGCUCUGCUGCUCCGGGGCUACCGAAUGUUGGGGAGCUCCUGCCCGGUGUGCGGGACGGUUCUGCUGCAGGACAAGGAGCAGCGGCUGCUGUGCGUGAGCUGCCAGGACCCCGAGGGGGGGCACGCUCCCCCCGCCCCUCCCCGCCCCGAGCACUGCGAGGGCGCGGCCGCGGCGUUCCGGGGAUCCCCCCCCGCGGCUCCGGGGCCGCCCGGUGCCGCUUCCGGUACGGAUGCCGGUAGCGAUGGCGGUACCGGGGCCGCGGUGGCGGCGGCGCGGGCGGCGCUGCUGCAGAAGCUGCUCUGGGCCGCGCGGGAGCUGCCCCGCAGCUGCUCCGUGGAGGGCAGCGCCCGCCUCUGCCGCCUGGUGCGGGACUGCGCGCUCGCCCUGCGGGGGCUGCGCGACCUGGAGCCCCCCGGGAGCCACCCCGGACCCCCCCCGGGGCACCCCGACAGCCCGGGGGUGCUCUGAGAGCCCCGGGAGCCACCCCGGACCCCCCCCGGGACACUCUGAGACCCCCGGGAGCCACCCCAAGACCCCCCUCUCGGGGUGCCCUGGGAGCCCCGGGACACUCUGAGACCCCCUGAGACCCCCGGGAGCCACCCCGGACCCCCCACCCGGGACACCCCGACAGCCUGGGGAUGCUCUGAGAGCCCCGGGAGUCACACCCGACCCCCCCCGGGACACUCUGAGACCCCCUGAGACCCCCGGGAGUCACCCCGGACCCCCCCCGGGACACUCUGAGACCCCCGGGAGCCACCCUGGACCCCUCCCAGGGCACCCCGAGAGCCCCAGGACACUCUGAGACCCCCUGAGACCCCCGGGAGUCACCCCGGACCUCCCCCGGGACACCCCGACAGCCCGGGGACACUCUGAGACCCCCGGACCCCCUCCCCCGAGACUCCCCGAGAGCCCCAGGACACUCUGAGACCCCCCAGCAGCCCCCCAGGACGCUCUGAGACCCCCGAGACCCUCCCCGGGGCACCCCGACAGCCCCGGGACACUCUGAGACCCCCUGAGACCCCCGGGAUGCUCUGAGACCCCCCCCGGGAUCCACCCUGGGCCCCCCCCGGCACACCCUGAGACCCCCGGGACCCCCCCCCGGGAAUCCCUGAGCUCCCCCCGGGAGCCACCUCGGACCCCUCC